AUGAGUCAUUCGGUGAUCGUGGCGGCGUUGCAGCCCGGUGGGGCGGCAGAUCCCAGCAGUGGGGGGGUGGGAACCCCGUCGUUUUUGAUGAUUAUCGCGCAGGACGCGGUCCCCCGCAGCCUCACGGCGCUCGCCGUGCUUCAGGAUGAGCACACCAUCGCCGUGGCGGAUCGUUUUGGUUUUGUGGUGUUGCUUCGCCUGCCGGAUACCACCCGCACUCGGUUUUCCGUUCCGAUCGAGCAAAUGUCCGACGCCGAGCUCAACGCGGUGAGUCGUUUCAUCUCGAAGGAGCAGGAUUUGGACGAGGUCGCUUGCCAUUACACCGGGGAGCUCGUUACCGCGCUGCAGGUGCGACCUUAUAACCCGAGCCAGGGCGCGGAUCCCUCUCUCGCGAUUCACAUCCUCUUCUACGCCACCACGAUGGGGCGGGUGGGGGCUUACAUCCCUUUUGUAUCCGAGGAGGAUGCCGCGAUGGCGGCGUACGUUCAGCCGGUUUUGAUUUCACGCCUGCGCGCCCUCCUCGCGCCAGGGGGGGGGAGUUUGCCAUACAACCAUCGCAGCAACGCUCCACGGGUGGUGGCGAUGAUGGGGAACCCCACACAUCACGUCAUCGAUGGCGAUCUGAUGGCGCUUUACCGCCAGUCCUCCUCGCUGAUGUCGGAGACGAGCGUCUUUACAAACGAGGCAAAGAGCGCGAUUGAGGAGGAGAUCGAAACGUUUCGACGGAUGGAAGCGGCCCGCCGUAAAGUGCUCGGCUUACCACCCCGGGAGCUGCCUUCUAUUGCGGAUCUUAUCGCAAAGCAGCGGGCGUUGGUAACGCUGCCUGAAUAA